CCGGAAGCGAGAUUGCGGACGGAGUCGCACGUGACCGUGACGUCACGGCCCCGCGCCGCGCGGCAGAGGUAGCUCAGGCCCUUCGCAGCGCGCGGUCGUGGCGGCCGCGUCCGCAGACUCCCCGGGCCCGGAGCCGGUCGUCGGCAUGUACCACAACAGCAGCCAGAAGAGGCACUGGACCUUCGCCAGCGAGGAGCAGCUGGCGCGGCUGCGCGCCGACGCCAACCGCAAGUUCAAAUGCAAAGCGGUGGCGAACGGGAAGGUUCUCCCAAAUGAUCCAGUCUUUCUUGAGCCUCAUGAAGAAAUGACUCUCUGCAAAUACUAUGAGAAAAGAUUAUUGGAAUUUUGUUCAGUGUUUAAACCAGCAAUGCCGAGGUCUGUGGUGGGCACAGCUUGCAUGUAUUUCAAGCGUUUUUAUCUUAAUAACUCAGUAAUGGAAUAUCACCCCAGGAUAAUAAUGCUCACUUGUGCAUUUUUGGCCUGCAAAGUAGAUGAAUUCAACGUAUCUAGUCCACAGUUCGUUGGAAAUCUGCGGGAGAGUCCUCUUGGACAGGAGAAGGCACUUGAACAGAUUUUGGAAUAUGAACUGCUACUUAUACAGCAACUUAAUUUCCACCUUAUUGUUCACAAUCCUUACAGACCGUUCGAAGGUUUUCUCAUUGACCUAAAGACCCGCUAUCCCAUGUUGGAGAAUCCAGAGAUUUUGAGGAAAACAGCUGACGACUUUCUUAAUAGAGUUGCGUUGACGGAUGCUUACCUUUUGUACACACCUUCUCAGAUCGCCCUGACUGCCAUUUUAUCUAGUGCGUCCAGAGCAGGAAUUACUAUGGAAAGUUAUUUAUCGGAAACUCUGAUGUUAAAGGAGAACAGAACUUGCUUGUCACAGUUACUAGAUAUAAUGAAAAGCAUGAGAAACUUGGUAAAAAAAUAUGAACCACCCAGACCUGAGGAAGUUGCUGUUCUGAAACAGAAGUUGGAGAGAUGCCACUCUGCUGAGCUUGCUCUUAAUGUAAUUACGAAGAAAAGGAAAGGCUAUGAAGAUGAUGAUUAUGUCUCAAAGAAGUCCAAACAUGAGGAGGGAAGGAGACCCAAGUUGGAUGCUACUGUGGCAGUCCACCUGAAAAACAAGAGGGAUGAAAAAGUACACACAAGGAAAAACAGGCAAGGGGGUGGAAAUGGAAUUGAGUUGACAUAAAAUGUGUUGAUUUUUUCUGCUCUCAUUAUAACUGUGACUGUAGCCACACCACGGCUAGCUGCCUUCACAGAAAUAAAUUUAUAUUGGACAUAAAUCUUUUAAACCGUUGACUAGUUAAACAGUGUUUUUUCCUAUAUUUUAAUUAGAGGGAUAGAGUAAAACGUUACUCGCGGGAUAUAGGCCUUUAGGAAAUUCCUUUACUGUAGAAAAUGUUAUCCCUAAUAUUUUCCCCUUGGUUCCCGUCUGGCCAACUCUGAAAUACUGCUGCAUACUUUUUAUACACCCUCUCCCUUGCACAAUUACAGGAGUAAAGGAACUGUUGCUUAACAAAUACAUAAGGAAUUAAUGUAAUCUUUCCAAAGAGACCAUUAGAAAAAAAGAUGAUCUGAAAUUUCAUCUUCUCUUUGGCCUUGCUCUGGUACUAAAUUUGAGCUACCCCCUAAACGAGGAAGAAAAUGAAAUUAAAUGCUUACCUGUAUUUAGAAAGAAGUAAUCAAUUAUUUAAUAUCCCUUGGUUUUAUUUUAACUUAACCCUUGUGAAUACUUCACAAAAAUACACAUACUGAAGCAAAUAAAACUAUACAAACUAAAUACCCAGCAGAUACAAUAAGUAGUCAGAAGUUCAAAAAUGGAUGGCUGUUAAAGUGACCAAUGAGGUUGUCUGCAUAACCAAAUUCAACUUGGAAUAAAAAGAAUACUUUCAACAAAAA